CACACUCCAGCACAGUAGGGGGCGGUGUUUGCACCUCUCGGCCGGUUAAAUAAAAUCUAAAAGAAGAAAGACAACAACAGCUGGUCAGCCAUCUCCGUAGCUUGCUAACCAACAUAGCGGAACCGUCCCAUCUCUUUAGACGCUUUCUGGUAUAUGAGCCACUCUGUUUUGAACACAUUUCUGUCGUUUAGCUAAUUAUCUCAUUUAAUUUCCUAUUUACCUUGUUAUUAGUCAGCUAGCUGGCUUGUUAAGUUAGCAUUAGCCUAGCUAGCUAACUGUUAGCUAACAUCCCCCGACCAUGAGUUCACCAAGCUACUCUCCUCCUGAUGAAGAGGAGGGGGUCUGCUGGACGGAGAAAGAGGGUCUGUGGCUGAAUGUUGUCGUGAAAGAGGAGAAUCAAGAGGAGGCUGUUACAGUAAAACAAGAAGUAGAGGAAGAGGAGGAUGUUACAAUACAAAAACAAGUAGAGGGUGAGGCUGUUACAGUGAAAGAAGAAGAGAAAGACGUUUCAGUGAAAGAAGAGGAAGACCCGAUCAGAGUGAAAGAAGAAGAGGAGGAUGUGACUGUAAAAAAAGAGGAGGUUGCAGUUUUUGGAGUGAAGGAGGAGAAAGAGGGAGAGAUAACUGUCAUAUUGGAAGAGGAGUCAGGAGAUCUGAUUAACACCGGAGAGAGACUGAACUAUCGUGGCUCCUCUGGGGAGCCUCAACAACCUUGUGACGCUGAAGAGGCAGAGACUAGUUUCUCCAGAUCAGAACACCUCAAGAAACACCAGCAGAGACCGUCAGGGAAGAAACCUCACCGCUGCUCGGACUGUGGGAAGAGUUUCAUCUCUUCUUCAGAUCUUAAAAUACACCAGAGAAUCCAUACAGGAGAGAAACCUUACAGCUGCGCCGACUGUGCAAGGAGUUUUACUACACGUAGCCAGAUGAUAUCUCAUCGGAGAACACACACAGGAGAAAAACCUUUCAGCUGUGAUCGAUGUGGGAAGAGUUUUGCUCAGUCAGGCAACCUGACAAUUCACCAGAGAACACACACAGGUGAGAAACCUUACCACUGCUCUGACUGUGGAAUGAGUUUUACUACCUCAGGUGGACUGAUAUCACACCAGAGAACACAUACAGGAGAUCAGUGUGGGAAGAGUUUUCCUGCCGCAAGGAACCUGAAUCUAGUUCACCAGAGAGGACACACAGCUGAUCUGACUGUGCACCAGAGAAGCUACACUGUAGAGAAACCAUACCAUUGCUCAGACUGUGGGAUGAGUUUUACUACAUCAAGUGGACUGAUAUCACACCAGAGAAUCCACACUGGAGAGAAACUAUACCACUGCUCAGAUUGUGGGAUGAGUUUUGCUGGAUUAGACAAACUGACUAUACACCAGAGGUUACACACAGAGAGGACUUUUAGUUGUGAUCAAUGUGGGAAAAGCUUUGCUGCAGCAACAAACCUGAUAGUUCACCAGAGAACCCACACGGGAGAGAGGCCUUAUAGCUGUGAUGAAUGUGGGAAGAGAUUCACUCAGUCAGCACACCUGACUGUACACCAGAGAACCCACACGGGAGAGCAGCCUUAUAGCUGCGAUCAAUGUGGGAAACAUUUUGCUUUGCCAGGAAACCUGACUGUACACAAGAGAACACACACCGGAGAGAAACCUUACAGCUGUGAUGUAUGUGAGGAUAGUUUUGCCACCUGGACUGCCCUGGCUACACACAAACGAAUCCACACAGGUGAGAAACCGUACCACUGCUCCGACUGUGGAAUGAGCUUUACUUCCUCAAGCGACUUGAGAAGACACCAGAGAAAACACACAGGAGAGAAGCCUUAUAGCUGUGAUCAUUGUGGGAAGAGCUUUAUUCGAUCAGACUCCCUGGCAAAGCACAAGAAAAUACAUGCAGGAGAGCCACAGAGUGUAGAAUGAUCUCCAACACCAGACCUGGGUAGUAGAACACAGAGUGUAGAAUGAUCUCCAACACCAGACCUGGGUAGUAGAACACAGAGUGUAGAAUGAUCUCCAACACCAGACCUGGGUAGUAGAACACAGAGUGUAGAAUGAUCUCCAACACCAGACCUGGGUAGUAGAACACAGAGUGUAGAAUGAUCUCCAACACCAGACCUGGGUAGUAGAACACAGAGUGUAGAAUGAUCUCCAACACCAGACCUGGGUAGUAGAACACAGAGUGUAGAAUGAUCUCCAACACCAGACCUGGGUAGUAGAACACAGAGUGUAGAAUGAUCUCCAACACCAGACCUGGGUAGUAGAACACAGAGUGUAGAAUGAUCUCCAACACCAGACCUGGGUAGUAGAACACAGAGUGUAGAAUGAUCUCCAACACCAGACCUGGGUAGUAGAACACAGAGUGUAGAAUGAUCUCCAACACCAGACCUGGGUAGUAGAACACAGAGUGUAGAAUGAUCUCCAACACCAGACCUGGGUAGUAGAACACAGAGUGUAGAAUGAUCUCCAACACCAGACCUGGGUAGUAGAACACAGAGUGUAGAAUGAUCUCCAACACCAGACCUGGGUAGUAGAACACAGAGUGUAGAAUGCUCUCCAACACCAGACCUGGGUAGUAGAACACAGAGUAAUGAUCUAUUUGUAAUCUAACUAUUGAUGUCAUAGUGUUUGUGUUCAACUUGUUUCAUAAUAAUAAUAUAAUGUAUAAUAUUGUAAAAUCCUACAACUUUUGACAGCUCUAAUGUCAAAUGAUUUUUAAUUUUGUAAAUGGAACAUUUAUAGAAAAUGUUAUAGAUGGAGGAACAGGACAAUAAAUGGGAUGUUUUGAUGUAGUUGCUCUCCAAAAGCCUGAGGAAGUUCAUGUUGGAAAAGUAGGUAUGAGACAUAUCAUGUAGCCUCGGCUCCAGGUUUCAUUAUUGUAAUCUGUUUUCACAGCUACUAUAAAAAUCUCGAAUAAAUUAAGUGCUCUUUCCAAACAUCCCUAUGACCACAAGACGUUGACAAUACGUCUUAUUAAUGUAUUGUGCUCACUGGGAUGUACAGUGUUCUACAUGUCAUAUUGUUGUCAUGUUAUGAUCUCAUCUUUUUGUCUGUUUGUUUUAUAAAAAUGAACACCAUAGGGUCAGAGACGGGGGAGAGAGCGAGGGUCAGAGAUGGGGGAGUCAGGGGUGGGGGGUCAGGGAGGGAGAGGGUCAGAGAGAAAGCGAGGGUCAGAGGGAGAGAGCGUGUUUUUGGUUGUAAAUACUUUCUGCCACUAAAUGUCAUGUUGUUGUCAUGUGUUAUGAUCUCUUAAAUUUUUUCUGUUUGUUUUUAUAAAAAUGAACACCAUAGGGUCAGAGAGAGGGGGGGAGUAGG